GAACGCUGCAACGUUCAAGACACCCAACCUCUGAAAUGAAACUACCAAUCCUUCUGAUAGCCCUUGUGGCCAUGGUGGCGGCCAAGUCCGCACCUGGUCGCAUGGCCGCGCGCUACGACCACUUCCGUAUCUAUCAGCUGACCAUUGAGACGAACUUGCAGAUGGAGGAGCUCAAGAAGAUUCACGAGCACAUCUCUGUGCACUUCCUCAACGAACUGGGUGCUGUUGGAAACAAAUACAAUGUGAUCGUAGGUCCCUUGUUCCACAGAGCCCUCGAGAAGACCCUUAAAUUCCUCGAAAUUGUUUACGAAGUGAUUGUCGAUGAUCUGCAGAAAUUGAUAGAUGAAUCCUCUGUUGGCGACGAUUCCCAGAUGGAGUGGGAGACCUACCACACCCUGGACACCAUUUACGAUUGGAUCGAUCAGGAGUGUGCUGCCCACGAUUUCCUGGAGUGCAAGGUUAUUGGACAGUCCUACGAGGGUCGCGACAUCAAGAGCAUUAGGUUGUCGAAGCGUUCGGGCAACAAGGCCAUCUUCCUGGAGGGCAACAUCCAUGCCAUGGAGUGGAUCUCGUCGGCCACCGUCACCUUCCUGCUCAACCAGUUGAUCAACUCCGAGGAUCCGGAAAUGCAGCGUUUGAGCGAGGAGUACGAUUGGAUUGUGGUGCCCAUGGUGAACCCGGAUGGCUUCGUUUACACCCACGAGGUGGAGCGUUUGUGGCGCAAGAACCGUCGUCCCAACGGAUACCGCAACGAAUCUGGAGAUUGCUACGGCAUCGACAUGAACCGCAACUUUGACUACCACUGGGGAGGUGCCGGCUGGAACAUCGAUGAGCCCUGCGAUCACUGGUUCGGUGGUGAGAAGCCCAACACCGAGGUGGAGAUCAUCUCGCUGCAGAACUUUGUGAGCUCCUUUGAGGAUGGCUACAUUCGGUCCUACAUGGCCUACCACGCCUACGGACAGUAUGUCCUCCUGCCCUACGGACACUCCAACACCGAAUUCCCGCCCAACUACGAGCAGAUGAAGCGCAUUGCCGCUGCAUUCUCCGAUGCAGCCGCUGAUGUCUAUGGUUCCACCUUCACCUAUGGAGCUAGUGGUCUGCUUAACUAUGUCGUUUCGGGAGCUGCCAAGGAUUGGGCCUAUGGCGUGAAGAAAAUCCCAUUCACCUGCACCGUGGAACUGCGUGACAAGGGCACCUUCGGAUUCUUCCUGCCCUCCAACCAGAUCACCGAGGUGGGUCUCGAGGUCACCGCUGGUCUUAAGGCUCUGGUCAACAAGGCUGCCGAGGAGGGCAUUUUCGACUAGAGCUUGGUCUGUACCAACUUGGGCGCAGAUGUUGUGAAAAAUAAAUAAAUCAUUUUAUAAUUAUAAUGUGAACAUUCAAAUUUUCUUGAAAAUGAUUUUAUUAAUUAACAGUGCAGAUUAGCUAAAUGC